CACGAUUUUCAACUUUAGCACUUAUUUGACCUUGACCAGACCGACCUACUAUAUAUAUAUUAACAUUCCACUUCCACCCAACUGACGCGAUCGCCACCCAUUGGUGCGUGCCCUACAUACUACUACUACUACCUUCUCCCUACUAGGGGUAUUCGAUACUACCUACUACUACUUAGUACCCGACGAGGCUCGGAGCAGCGCGGCCACGACGUCAAAACUCCACCGGUCAACCGUCAAGCCUUGCAAUCGGUUGUUGAGUAUGUUAGCUCGCGCGUCGCCUGGCAGUUGCAGGUACAGUUUGCCCGAUGCUUGUUCAUACAGAGCAACCAGCGCCCGCUCGUCCAUGUCUGCUAGCUGCACUACCGCCAUCCCCGUGAGCCGCACCAGGGUAUCCAUGGUAGUUUUCGCCAUCGUCAGCAGUUCAGGGUCCUCUACGUCGCUCGGCUGGAGCAGUCGGAACGGCCCGAUGCCGGCGUCAUCGUCGCCCAGAAACCAGUGCAACCACAGAAUCCAGCACGUCGUCGGCACAAAGCACCACGUCGGGGGCGUCCGGCGGUAUAUUCCAGUGGGCCAUCGGAAGAAUCGGCUCACUUUGCGUCGACCGACCGUCGGGUCGUGGGUCGUGAGUGCCACAAGCACGUCCAAGCACGUCGCUGCCUCCACCACUUCGCCGCCAAGCCGAAGGCGAAACGCAUCCCACGCCCGCACUGCAACCGAGCGGGUUUCUUGGCGACUCGGGGCGGGUACUCCGUCGGCGGGACGUUCAGAAAGCAAGCCCAAGUCGUGGGCGACCAACUCCAUCUCUUGGACAAUCGCGUGCGACAUGGCUAACGCGGCGGCAUCGUCAGACGACGUGGCCACCUUGUCCCGCAGCGGCUUUCGACUCGCAGUCGGGGUUUCGGGGUUGUGAGGGGUGCCGUGAAACCACCACUCCCACAGCGUCACGCACGUUAGCACCGACAAGUCCACCGCCAUCGCCUCUGGGUUCUGAAGAGCCAUCGUAUGUCGAGAUGGGUCGUUGGAUGGUAUUGGUGGCGGCAACUCCCCUUGCUGUUCAACGGCCACGGCGACAGCCGCCACAUUUGGGCUCUUCUGACUUGGCAUCGCUCCAUCAGUAACAACAGUCGCGUCGACUCGAGACGGAUCUGAACUAGGCUCGACGUGUUGCGCGGUGGAAGAACUUGUCUGUAAGAUGGCAUACACGUCCGUGCAUCGCAUGUCGGCCAUCCCUUGCAGCCUCCCGACACCAAUCACGCGAACAGUGUUGUCAAACACUUUGAGCAGCGAUUUGGACGCGUUGAGCUUGGCCAUGUUGAUCGCUUUGGUCGGAUCUUUCAACUGAUUGAACUGGACGGCGGCCGCGGUCACGAAUUCCAUGACAACCGCCGCGGCUGUCGACGCCGCCACCGAAGCCGGCCCAAGGUCCUGCGCCGUCAACUUGCGGAACGGACCGACGUACGUGUCGGGGUUCCCGAGGAACCAAUACAGCCACAUCAACCGACACGGCGCGUCUUCAAAGGUCCAGUGCUCGGGCGCGCGCCGCAGCGACUUGUCCGACCAACGAUGGAGGGGUCUCCCUCUGCUGUCGACAACCAGCGUCGCCCCAAGCACAUGCUGCUGCAUCGCCACCAGCACGGACGUGAACGGCAUCUUCGCGUGCGCCGUGGGCGAGUGCUUCAGCAUGGCGUGGAGCACGGCCAGGCUUUCCCACACGGGCAAGUCGGCGACAUCGGUGCCCGGGGGAACGAGCCGAAGCGGCCCCGAUGCGAUCGCUUCCAGAGUCGACAUCACGUACGUCACGGCCGCGUACCGUUCCUGGGUCAACUUGCCGGGCAUGUCGGAUGGCUUUAGAUUCCGAAACGGGCCGAGGUUGGCGUCGCCGUCCCCGUGAAACCACCACGUCCACAUCUGGACGACCGACGUCGUGGGCGGCGGGAGCGUCCAGCUCUCGGGAACCCGCCGGACCGAUCCGUCCUGCCAUCGGUGCCAUCCCGGACGAAGCGCCGCGCUGUCAUACAACACCCGACUCACGAUCGACACGGGGGCGUUGGCGACUUGGACGGGCGACUGGAAUCGGUGUCGCAGAGCCUCGUGCUCGUGCAAUAAAAUCGCACAGGCUUUGUGCACGGCUGUUUCAAAUACCGCGGGCGGCAAGCUGGACAUGUUGUCUUGGACCAGGCCAAAGCACGACGCCGCCAAUUCAAACAGGGCGUUCAUGACGGCACGGCAAUCGGCCAGUUGCGAUACAUAGCGGGGCCACAGGUCGUGGUCUGUGAAGAGCCGAUAAGGGCACAUUCGAUUCACGGGGUCGCCGUGGAACCACCACCACCACACUUGACGAACACUGGCGUUUGGCUGAAAUGUCCACGCGUGCUCGGGCGUGCGACGUACUGACCGAUCCGACCACGGAAAAAACCAUCCGCACCACGCCGACGUCGGCUCGGUCGGCGGUUCCAUCGCGAUCAAAAAGUAAUACAGCCGCGCAAAGCUCAAACGCCCCGCCCUCGUCGCCACCGAGUCGAGCGCCGGACGUCGUGACAACUGGAGCAGCUGCACCAACGUCGAGUCAAACACGAGUCGGAAUUCCGGCGUCGGCAGCUUCGCCACCGCCUCCACAGUCAUGCCGUUCGCUUCUACAACCGCUUCCAUCGUGUCCAUCACGAGUCGGCACCGCGCCAAGUUGGACCACUCCACCUCCGACGGCAUAUCCGAGUUGCCAAGCUCACGGUAUGGUCGGAUGGUACCAGAGCCUUUGAACCACCACGUCCACACGUCGUGGCACGGCGCGUCGCAGAAUGUCCAUGAUUCUGGUACUCGAUGGUUGGAGCCAUCGGUCCAGACAAACAUCGCCCUGCCGCCAUCCGUCGCUGGAGUUGGCGUGGCGGCAGAUGCCGCCUCUAGAGGAGGAGGAGGACGACCAGAUGCCGAGCUUAUCGAGGAGGUCGGUGGCGGUGGUCCAGCCGCUUUGAGCGCACUCGAGAGGGCUUCGCCGACUUCAACAAAUGUUUUCUUGGCGAAUACCUUGGGCUCGAGGCCCGCGGGCCGAAGCACCUUGGCAAACGCUGUCUCGAACAGGUGCACCGAGCUCUUGAUGGACAGCGACCCCAUCGAGACUGUAUGCGCCGCGUCCACAGCGUCCACCAGCACGGCAAUCAACCGCUGAGCCAGCGCCCAUCGCAUCUUGCCGCGCUUGCUGCACUGAGCAACAUCCUCGGACGUCAAGUGCACCAGCGGACCCACGUGGCCGUUGCCGUGGAACCAAAACAGCCACAACGCCUGCGCAAACGUGUGUGGAAAGUCCCAUGGCGAAGGCGGCGCACGACGAAUGGACUCGUCGCGCCAUCGGAAGAACGGCACGCCGUCGCGGACGCAGUCGGGGCGGACCAACUUGAUCUUUGUCGUCUUACUAGAUGCGACAGGCUUGGACGAAGGGGGAACGCGAGGACCUGGACGAAGAGGGUGCGCCGCGGUGGCUCCUCCUUGGGGGGGACUAGGCACGUCGGGGCCGGUCUCGUCGGCCGCCGUACCCGCUGGUCGGCUAUGGCUAUGAUUAGGAACGCGGCGCUCUAUCCGCUGGUUGACCGUAUGGGGGAUGGCGGCAGGGGUCUGAGUUGGUGGACUUGCGGGUGUAGUAGUACUGGUCUUGGCCUUCUUUCGGGCGGGAGGGGGAGGUGCCGUGAAUGCUGGGACUUCACGUGAUGACGGAACGCUCGGCGUGUGUGCGGAUGCCGUUGUGGCCCCAGUGCGUGGGCUAGACGUUUCUGGAGAAGGCCGCCGAUCCGUCGAUGGCAGGAGUACUCGCCUGGUUGAAGACUCCAGGCCAACUUCAUCGACAGAGUACCCCACAUGCUGUGGCGAGUCUGUUUCUACGUUGGAAGCAUCGCUAGAGCGCGGGGGAAGAUCGUGGGCUGCACUUGACGGGAUCGAAGGCGAUGAUGACGAUGCUUUGCUUCGCGAGGAUUGUGCCCGUACGUCGGGGGGUUGCGGCAAGAUUUUCCUCAGCAAACUGUUGGGUCCUGGAAUCGAGCUCGUCAUACGAGUCGCUGCAGGACAAGUAGUGCUUGGGGGUUUCACUCGCCGCGACGACGGUCCCAGCAAGAACUUAUUUGGUUCUUGCUUUAUCGGCGAUGUUACCUUCUUGGCCUGUGUUGGAGGAAUCUUCGCGGCCCCAGACUUGCUUGAUGUCACCUUCCUUUGGCCACUAGUCGACGUACCAUGACUGGCGGAUGUCGUUGAGGCUUCCUUGGUUGAUGAUGCGGCAUCGUUGGACGAUGGGAUGUCCGAUGCCGUCACAUCAAACGAGUCCGUCAGAUCGGCGAGUGUGGAUGUAUUUGCACGAUGUGGGUUUCGUUUGACAGCACGAGACGACGGCUGGUAGUACGCAUCGGAAUCGCUACUAGAAUUGUCCACGCAAAUGACGUCGGUCGAGGUGGGUUUCGACAACUCCCUUCCUGGCGUGUGUCCGGUCCGUCGCGGCAAUACUCGCAAUCUUUUCCCUUCCUCCGCAAGUCGACCACUGCUACUGGUCACCGGAGCCCCUGAAUCUCCGUCAUGAAGUCUGCGCUUCUUGGUGGUUGACGGUGACGACAUGGAUGUCGGAC